AUGCUUGAAAAGAAGGGGGAUGUUGUUAUCGGAGGGCUGUUUCCUGUUCAUUUCAAGGAUGUGGAACCAAAUCUGUCCUAUCUUUCCCAACCCGACUCGUCUAACUGUGAAGGAGCAUUCCGCUGGGUCCAAACCAUGAUCUUUGCAACAGAAGAAAUAAAUCAGAAUGCUACACUUCUACCUGGUGUAACUUUGGGUUAUAAGAUUGCUGAUGCUUGUGACAGCAUUCACAAUGGUCUGAGGGGGUCUCUGUCCUUAGUGAAUGGCAGAGAUAAAAUAGCUUCCAAUAGUCAAUGCAAUGAAACCACAGCUGUUUCAGCCAUCAUCGGCUUAGCUUCAUCAUCACCAACCCGUGCUAUUGCCCACACCAUUGGACCCUUUGGAAUGCCACUGAUCAGUUAUUUUGCCACGUGUGCAUGUUUGACAGAUAAACGGGAAUUUCCAACAUUUCUCCGGACAGUGCCCAGUGAUUUAUUUCAGGUCAGGGGUUUGGUUCAGCUUGUGAGCCAUUUCGGGUGGACUUGGGUGGGUGCCAUUGCAACAGAUGACGAUUAUGGCCGUUAUGGCAUCCAGGCAUUUACUGAGCAAGCUAAGGAGAGAGGGGUCUGUGUUUCUUUUUACGAAACUAUUCCUGAUGUUUAUUCUGAGGAGAAAAUAAAACAGAUUGUGGACAUCGUGAAAAAGUCAACUGCAAAGGUCAUUGUAGUCUUUACAACUGAAGGAAAACUCUAUGAAUUGCUUAUGGAAGUCAUAAGACAGAAUAUCACAGACAGGCAAUGGGUUGCAAGUGAAGCCUGGGUAACAGCUGCUCUGCUUUCCACAGAGGAAUUUUACUCAACCUUAGGUGGAACAAUUGGCUUUGCAUUUCGCAGGGCACAAAUCUCAGGACUUCGUGAAUUUCUCCUGAGGAUACAGCCUUCUCCCAGCCCAGAGUCUGUUUUAGUGAACAUGUUUUGGGAAGAACUGUUUCAAUGCAAGCUUAAUUUCUCUGGGGGUGAUCAUACAGAUCCACAAGCUAAUGUCUGCACCGGCUCAGAAGACUUAAGGGAAACUAACAACAUCUACUCGGAUGUUUCUCAGUUAAGGGUUUCCUACAAUGUGUACAAGGCAGUCUAUGCAGUAGCCCAUGCAUUGCAUAGCAUGCUAGAAUGUGACACUAAAAGACAGCCACAGGGAAACAAGACAUGCAAACCAGUGUUUCCUUUUGAGCCAAGACAGCUACUUAGUCACUUAAAAGAAGUCAAUUUCAUAAAUCAGUUUGGAGAAAUUGUGGAUUUUGAUGAAAAUGGAGAGCCGGUGCCUUUAUACGAUAUUAUAAACUGGCAGAAAGAUGCGAAUGGAGUUAUCAAGUUUGAAAAAGUUGGUGGUUUUGAUGCAUCUGCCCCAUCAGGAGAAGAACUGGUCAUAAAUGAACAGACAAUAGUUUGGAAUGGUGAUCAGCAUCAGGUGCCAAGUUCAGUUUGCAGUGAGAGCUGCCUUCCAGGCACGAGGAAAGCUACCCGAACCGGGGAGCCAAUCUGCUGUUUUGACUGCAUUCAAUGUGCAGAGGGAGAAAUCAGCAAUGCAACCGGUUCAGACGAAUGCACCAAGUGCCCUCCUGAUUACUGGUCUGAUCGGGACAGAGUGAGAUGUGUAGCGAGGGAGGUUGAGUUCCUGUCUUUCCAGGACACCAUGGGCAUUGCUUUGGUGACAGUGUCUUUACUAGGGGUCUCCUCAACAGUGGCUGUUAUUGCUAUUUUCUACUGCUUCAGGAGCACCCCUUUAGUGAGGGCUAACAACUCUGAAAUCAGUUUCCUCUUGUUGUUCUCGUUGAUACUUUGCUUCCUCUGUUCGAUUACCUUUAUCGGUGAGCCCUCGAAGUGGUCCUGUAUGGCUCGCCAUACAACCUUUGGAAUCAGCUUUGUCUUUUGCAUUUCCUGUAUUCUUGCGAAAACCGUUGUGGUGCUGGCAGCUUUCAGAACAACCCUUCCCUCGUCGAACGCCAUGAAAUGGUUUGGCCCACUGCAACAAAAGGGCAUUAUUUUUAUCUGUACUGUCAUUCAAGUGCUUCUGUGCACUGUGUGGUUAGUCAGGGCUCCCCCAUUCCCAUUCAGGAACACCAGCUAUCAAGGUGGGAAGAUUGUAGUUGAAUGCAAUGCUGGGUCCAUUCUGGCUUUCUAUCUUGUCUUAGGAUAUAUUGGAUUCCUGUCUUGCAUCUGCUUUGUGCUCGCUUUUUUAGGCAGAAAGCUGCCAGAUAACUUUAACGAGGCGAAAUUCAUUACAUUUAGCAUGCUUAUAUUUUUUGCAGUAUGGAUAACCUUCAUACCAGCCUAUGAAAGCACUCCUGGAAAAUACACUGUAGCGGUAGAAAUUUUUGCUAUUCUUUCUUCUAGUUUUGGACUGCUCUUCUGUAUUUUUUCUCCCAAGUGUUAUAUCAUUUUGCUGAAACCAGAGACGAAUACAAAAAAAGGGCUUAUGAAUAAGCCAUCGUCUAUUGCCCACUCUUAA